CUUGAUUUGAUACCGUCAUUGUGUAAGGUGAAAGUGGUUUUAUUCUCUGUCCAUUCUUUAUAAUUAUCUUUGGUUUUCCUAAUGGUUGAACCACCACUUCAAGUCGUAGAAGGAACCCGUGCUGGUUCGUCGCUGUAUUAUGACAAUGAUUGCUACCUAUAUUUUAAGGAAUCAACACGUAAUGGAAGUACAAUGGUAUCAACUUACUUUCGCUGUAGGAGAAAAUAUUGCACAGCAAGACUUGUGUGGCGAACUGGACAACAACUUUGUUACAGCCAUAAACACAACCAUAGUCCAGAAGAAGAAUUCUUAAACGAUCUAAAGUACAGGCAAAAACUACGUCAACGUGCAUCUGUGGAAAACAUACCGCUGAGUACCAUUUACAAUCAAGAGCAAGAAGUAUCUCCACAACUAGCUCUUUCAACAAGACCUUACAAUGGUACCGUUAGAAAAAUGAUGGAAAGAGCUCGCAAGAAAAAUCUUCCAAAGGUGCCGCGAAGUAUUCAGGAGAUCGACAAUUUCAUCAGGGACGAAAGAGCCAAGAAGUUUCGUGUUGAAAUGGGACCAGAAGAACGACCUUUUUAUGGAGGCCUUCUGGAAGUCCGCAUCCAAAAUACAGUUCAAAGAUCGAUAUAUUUUAUAUCUCCUACGGUUAAAAAAAUAGCAGCAACUAAAAAUAAUUGUGUUCUUCAGAUGGAUGGAACUUUUUCCGUGGUACCCAAAGCAGUAGGAAUAAAACAGUUAUUCUGCGUACAUCUGCUAUAUUCUGGUCAUGUGUUCCCGAUUAUGUAUUGUUUAAUGGAACGAAGAACCACGGCUGCAUAUGAACAAAUACUAGAAACCUUGAAGAAUAUUGUGCUCCCAAAUAAAACCGUUAAGAAGAUAAUGACAGAUUAUGAAGCUAGUUUAAGGAAAGCCUUAGGAAAAGUUUUCCCAGAAGCUCAGUUACUAGGAUGUUGGUUUCAUUUUGCUAAAGCAGUACACAAAAAAGCUAUGAAAUUAGGAUUAGGACGACAAAAUGUUAAUAGGAGUAUUAAAGAAGGUUCCCGUAUGGCAAUGGCUCUGCCCCUCUUACCUGAAAUGUCUUUCGAAGAAGGAAUAGAAGCAAUUUACGGAUGGAUGGAAAGUCACAUUGACACCGAAGAUGAAAAGAAGCAAAUGAAUCUGCUUUGUAGUUAUUUACGUAGAUGGAGAAACCAAAACGUGUCUGUGUACGGACAAGAAUUUAGAACAAACAACGCCGUCGAAUCUUUCCAUAGUACACUUGUUCAAAUGAUUGGGAACCCUCAUGUGUCCUUUUGGAGAUUCAUUGAAUCAUUACGCAAAGUAGAACAUAAAAAAGCGUGUGAUGCCAUAAGAGUCCAUCGAGGAGAAUAUAUAACAAUGUCUCGGGGUCAAAAACUGAAAAGAAUACAAGCAGCAUUAGAUAAAGAAAAACAACGAUUUGACAACGAUGAGGACAGAGAUAUAGGUUUAUUCUUACGAAAAAUUUCGAAUAUUAUGAAAGGGGAAUUCGAUCAGUGUCAGGUAGAAGAAGAAAUGAACCAAGAAAAAACAGAAAUAGACACCAUAAAUGGACAGAAAACUGUGGAAGAAAUAGAAAAUACGCGUUUUAAAGAAAUGGAGCUAUGAAAGUUAAAUAUUCAGAAAUAACAAUACCAACAUGUACUUACAGAUAUAUAUUUAAAGCUGGAAACUUAACUCUAGUGAAGACAGCAGAUUCCCUCUAAAACUACUGUUAAAUAUGACUGUGUUACUAUAGUAAAGCAGCAGUAGCUGAAGACUGCUAUAAA